CUUACUAAUUGGUAUCAGCGCCGGCUAGGCCAGUAUCAGUUCUGUUAACCUCUUGCCCUGCACAGUCUAUUGUUAAGUUUUACUCAGUGAAUAUUUAACAACAGAAAUGGUGUCCAUCAUCCUCAUACUGUGGUUCUUUCUCACGUUGUGUGUCUCAGAUUUGUCUUCUUCAGAAUCUUUCCCAACAUCUUACAUUAUAGCCACAAACGAGGGGAUGAUUACAUUCAGUCCUGCCAACUCAUCUAGCACAAAAAUCAACCCCCGCCCUGUCAUUGGUGUCGACUUCCGCUUUGCCAAACAAGAUUUCUUUUUCAUCUCAAACAACGAGAUAUUCUAUUCAUACUACAGUUAUUACUCCAAAAUCUACUCGGACGUUAUCCCCAUCAUGGUAUUCCCUCACACGCUCUCGGACGUAGUCGUUGACUGGGUGCACCUCAGGAUCUACGUUGCCUCGGCAAGCGUAGGAGCCAUAUACGAGGCGACCAUAACUGGUUCUUCCCGUGCUAUCAGGAUAGCAGUGGAUAAAGUCGAGGACCUCGCUAUAGACCCAUACGAAAGGCAACUGUUUUUCUUGUCUAAUGGAAAUCUCGGAUCACUUGACCUCCGUAACAGCCUCCAGACCAAACAUUCCAUCAUCGGUCCGAUGACGUCAGUGGCCAAGAUGGCUCUGGACCACCAUGAGGCCAUCAUCUACCUGAUCGGACAAGACGUGCACGGCUCGUGGAUACUCCUGACCUCGGACUACACGGGCUCGCAGCACACAGAACUGUUCCGGGGUCCGCAGCUCACAGGGACCACUGCUCUGGACGCCUUCAACUCCGGGGUAGUCUGGUGCUCCGAGGGUGGCUGCUUCCAUCUGAGGUCCUCCGACUGCCAGCAACUAGAGUCUUGCAGCGUCGCUCAGCUCUCCUACGAAUCUCGAGGGGAGGCAAUUAAUGACAUCAGGUUCUACAACUCUCUAGUGCAGACGCCCAGUACUGAGGUCGCCUGUAGCCAGCUUAACUGCUCCUACUCCUGCUCUGUGGUCUCACUAUACUCCGUGACAUGCACAUGUCCACCAGGCACGAUCUUGGAUCCCGGCGGAAAAGUCUGCAAAGAUAAACCACCCAAGGUGGACCCACCUUUUUUCGACAGACUGAAGGAAGCGGUCUACCAAUGGGCAUCGGAGCUCACGACACACUCCAGGACGUUCAUCCUGGUCUGUAGUGGACUGAUGUUGCUGCUACUGCUGAGUGGAAUCUGCUUGCUGACGAGGCUGUCAACGACUAAUUACUCUAGGAAAAGGAAUGAUUCGUACGAUCUCUCCGAAAUGGGCAAUACGCUUUAGUUAGGCGAUUGGAUAUCUGAACAUACUGAUGUUUGAGUAUUUGUAUGUUUAUUCUGAUAAAAUAUGCGUUAUAAGUUUUAAAGUGUCGAUUCCCUCUAAUAUAAUUAAACUACUAUGGUUGGUAAACAUAUAGCAGCUAGUUAUCCCAAUUUGCUGACGUGAUCUAAUAGGAAAAAGUAAUUUAUAAUAUAUAUAAUUUAAAAUUAUUGUAUAUGUUACUAUCAGAUGGAAAAACCCCAAAAGACCCAUGAAAUAUUCAUUAACAUCCUAGAGUCUUCUUCAACAUUAAAGGUACUCAGUAUGUGAACAAUUAAAUAUUUAUUUAUUUUAUGUGAAGCUUCAAUCCAGAACUAUUAAUAAUUCUUUAACUAGAACUAGAGUACGACAGAACCAGAAACAGUAAAUUACUCCAUUCUAGAUUAAGGUAAUUAUUGUUAUUGUCAUACAAACCGGAAUUCGAACACAAGUCCUGAGGUGAUAGGCUUAGACGAGAACCCUUCAGGUACAGGAUAAAAUUAGUUUCACAGCGACUAGUUUUUCUAUCGUAAAUUGCAUUAUUUAUUUGAGGUAUUAUACGUUUUUAUUAUUUCACUUCCAAACGAAUAUUUUUGGACAGCUGUCUAAUAAAAACGCGCAUUUUUGUUCAGAUGAUUUUUUUUGAGAUUGUAGUUUGUCCAGACCCUCAAGGAUCAGACGACCCUCGCGCGCCAACGCGCACACACUGUCACACCACACGCACAGGCCGUGCAAAAUAGCAGUUUUUCAAACUAAGGCAUGCAGUGUAAGUCAGAUAGGCCGGACUGCACGUGUGACGGUGUGUGCGCGUCCGGGUGCUUGAGUUUUCUUAUUGAGCUGUCCUCUGGGGCUCUUGAGGCGGCGGGCAAACUAUAACCAUUUUAUUAUUAUGUUUACUUCUAUUAGCUCACUGUAUCAUAGAAUAAUAUAAUAGGUACCUUCUUUUUAAUUAACUUCUACAAAUUACACUAUUUUGGAUAGCUGCCUACUUUUUUAGUUUUCGUAAUAACUGAAAUAUUAUUUAUUUUUAUGUAAUACAUAAAGACCACAGAAAGAUUUUAUUUUCAAGAGUGUUUGUAGAUCUGUUUAGUUACCCUCCUCUCCUCCAGUAACUUUUCUUUGCUCUCAAAUAAAAAAAUAUCACUGUAAUAUAUCAACUCUCUUUUAUUAUUCUAGUAUAUUCUAUAUUUGGCUCUCUCUCGCAUGUGGCCAAUCUAGAUUACAUUCAUUCGUGACAUUUGUAUUGUGACAUUGUAUUGUAUUGUCACGUGAUUACGUGACAUUCAUUCCUAAAACAAGUUGAAUGUUUACUAGUUUAGUUUUGUGUAAAUAUUGUUAAUACGAGUAUUAAUGAAGAUCAUACGACUGAAAAUGUUUCAAUGGCUGUUUUACAAAGAUGGUUCCUCUGGGAUCACAUUUCACGUUUUAGAGAUGUUGGUUGGACAUCUACCUGCAGAUCGAACUGUGUAAUUUCUUUACGCAGAAAUGCCUUAAAAAUGCAAGUUUGAUUAGGAAACAUUAUAACGUUGCCGAUUUAAGAAAUAGUAUAGGAAAUAAACUUAUAGCAAUACCAAUGACCAUGGUAUGUUAAGUAUAUAUUUUUAGAGAAUUUUUAAAAACAUGUUUGUUUUUUGGUUAGUAUGUUAAAAUUUGGUUUGAACUUUGUAAAGCAAUUUUUUGUCAAAAUCUGAUAAAAUAAAAUGUAAUUAUUUAUUCGUAGAUUUUAAAAUAAUUUAGAGAUAUUAAGUAAAUAUACAUAAUAUACUGUAGUUUUCUUACACUUCACACAAUUAUAUAUUUGUUUACAUAUAGGAAACAUAAACGUAUUCAUUUUACAAACGGUACAAUACAUUGUGUUGUGAUGUUUAUGGUAUAAGUAUUAGAGUCGCAAUAUAUUUGACUCUUUACAGUUUAUAUUUAAACAAAACACACCUGAUUAUGAAACUUUAAUGGUAAUACACACCCAUACUAAUAUUUAUCACUUCCCAAAUAUAAUUAUCCACCUAAUUUUACCAGACUAAACCAUUACGUAACUUUAAAUAUCAUACUGUAAAAGUUGUAACAAGGAAUCACCAUCAAGUUAAUAAAAAAUUACUUCCUACAGGUA